AACAGUGAGACCAAAAGCUAAGUGGUGCUCAAAGCAAACAACAUUUGGACCCCUUCUGUUUUGCUUCGUCUCUCUGUGCCGCUAUGUGGAAAGCUGUGCUCUUGGCUGUGUGCCUGCUGGUGGCUGGGGUUCAGCCCAUGGUAGACCCAAAUUAUGGGGUGAAACUAUGUGGCCGAGAGUUCAUCCGGGCCGUCAUCUUCACUUGCGGAGGCUCACGAUGGAGACGAUCACUCAAGAGCGCAGAUGUUUCUGAGGACCCAUUCAGCUCCCCGCAGGAGGAGUCCUCCGAGGGUUUGAGUCCCAACAACGUGGUGGAGAGGCUCCUCCAGAGGAACAGAGGCCUGAGCUUCACAGCCAGAGACGACCAGGAGGGAUUUUUUAAAAGGCCGGCCCGUUCGUUCAUCAAUGAGGAAAUCCUGGAAGCCCUGCGCAACGCCGACCGCAAGGGCCGGGACGUGGUGAUAGGCCUGUCCAACGCCUGCUGCAAGUGGGGCUGCAGCAAGAGCGAGAUCAGCUCCCUUUGCUGAGGGUCCACCUACUCCGUCUCACAGCGGCGGACUUAUACGCACAAGUACACAAACUAAAAUACACAACAUGCUCUCAUAUGUUUCUGUUCGUAAUGAACAGCCUUAACUUUUCAAUCUUCAAUCAAGCUGUUUUGUCGUUGCCAACCAGUAUCACACUUAUUGCAAUUGACUUUUUUCAUUCCGAGCUGCGUCCGAGAGUCCAACAGAAUGAAUUAUCAUUAUGUUUUCAUUUGACAACUACUGCAGAUUCAUUCAUAUGUAAUCUUGUUUGUCAAUUAGAAGUAGAAUGUUUUUGUUUGGUUUCAUAUCACAGAGUACUAAUUGGGUUAAAGGUUCAGAUCCAUAAUAAAAAAUGUAUUAAAAGAAGCCAUCUCAUUGCCUUUUAAAGUAGUGUUGAGGUUGCGUCUUUCUUCAAUUGCUGAGUUCCAAUAAUCUAAUUUUGCCUCAAAUAUGCUGUUUGUGCCUUUUUUGCAUUCGAUGUAGCCACAUACUUCCGUAAUACAUAACGUUACAUGGAUAACAGAAGGAGUA